AUGCAUCAAAAAUUUAUACAAUAAUAUGAAAUCAAGGGCAAUUGGUCUAGUGGUAUGAUUCUCGUUUUGGGUACGAGAGGUCCCGGGUUCAAUCCCCGGAUUGCCCCUUUUUAAGAAUGUAGGAUUCUCGUCUCCAAUUCGAGAGAUCCAGGUUCGAUUCCUGGAUUGCCCCUUUUUGUAAUUUUAUUAGGUAGGAUUCUCGUCUCCAGAGCGAGAGAUCCAGGUUCGAUUCCUGGAUUGCCCCUUUUUGCAAUCUAGUAUGUGAUUUUAAUACCAAAAACAAAUUCUUCUUAUUUAAUUUAGGUAUCCACUUUAGCUUUAGGUAGGAUUCUCGUCUCCAAAUCGAGAGAUCCAGGUUCGAUUCCUGGAUUGCCCCUUUUUGCAAUAUUAUUAGAAAAUUGGCAACCAAAAAUGAAUUCUUCUAACUCAAAUUUUAGUAGGAUUCUCGUUUCCAAAUCGAGAGAUCCAGGUUCAAUUCCUGGAUUGCCCCUUUUUGCAAUAUUAUUAGAAAAUUGGCAACCAAAAAUGAAUUCUUCUCACUAAAAUUUUAGUAUCCACUUUAACUAUAAAUUAAUUAUAUUUGAAAAAUUUAAAUUGUAUUCAGUUAUUGAGUGA